AUGAGCGAGCAAGACUUGCAAGAUAAGAAGGGUAUCAGUUUUAAGAGACACCCUCUACGCUUCGCACGCGCCCUCCGUAUGAUAGCAGAGUCUGCAUGCGCUGUUGUUAAGAAGACCUUUGUCAACAUUCGCAGUUUGUAUUACACUGCUCCUUCGCUAUAUGGGUCGCAGAUACAAUCCAAUGUAUUAAUCGCAGAAUUUUGCUUCGGAUAUAGUAUAGAGCGCGAAAUGAUGCAUUAUCGGGCAGCUGCCAAGGGGCUUUUGCUUGGGAACUGUACUAUGGUCACUCAGGUAGGAACAGUCACAGCUUCCAGCUUGGUGGCCGUGCCCAUCAGCCCGCACUUCUUCUACUUACAGCAAAUACACACAGACGCGCAGUUUGUACUCGUAAUAGAAAAGGAUACGGUAUUUGAGCACCUUAUUGACAGCUACGAAGCUAUCAAAGAUAGGCUGGGUCAAAGUUUUAUGGUGAUCACUGGCAAAGGAUACCCCGAUGCGGCGACACGCGCCCUGGUUUCUUUUCUAGACAGUUGCAGAAUCCCCAUAUUCGGUCUUGCCGAUGGAGACGCUCACGGAAUGAACAUUCUGUGCACGUAUGCCUACGGCUCUGCCUCGGCAACUAGGAAAAGCGUGGUCCCUAAUCACUAUAUUGCACCGUCAUUGGUGCCAAUUGGCGUCUUUAACAGUCACAUCCAACGGUCGUCAAAAGCAAUUAAGGGCUCCCGCCACUGCGAUCCAGCAGAUUUGAAGCUGUAUGAUAUACUGAUUACCAGACUGACUGCGCUGGGCCGUCUCGAGUGGGCCAAUGAAGUCCAGAAUCUGGCGGCUCUCGGCAUGCAGUAUGAGCUGGAGACCAUUCUUGGACAAGAGGGUGGGCUAGUCUCCUACGUAGUUGAAACUGUUGUCGGGGUUCGCAAACGAAUAUGCAACUUUGAUAAUAAAUGCACUGCGACACGCCUUGCAGGUGCUCGCGCAAAUUCGUCCUAG